AUGAAGAAAUAUGUAAUAAUCUUUCAAAAGUUCACAAAAAUGGCAGUAAAAGAAGAAGUUUUUAAAACUUCUCUACGAGAAUUAAAGGCUGCUUGUACUGAGAAAGGAAUUGAGUCUCUUAUUUUUAUAAUAGAGAAUGUCAGAAUCUAUUAUUUUAGAGAACCCAUUAGAGACAAUUAA